AUGCCCGCGUUUAAAAGUAUCAAUUGUUCAGAAAAUAAUCCGCCAAACGCGAACAGUUCCACUUCGAAAGAUGUGACAAGUGAACAAGGCAAAGGCAAACCGUCACAGUCGGAACAACAACCCCAAUCGCAACUUGCAGUUCCCACACAAGAAGAAUUUUCGGACAGGUUUAAACCAGUGGCUUACACCUCCAAUUUGACUACUACUUCUGCUACAACUACUACGGCUAGUACCACUAGUUCCGCUGCACCACACGUAUCCCAGUCAAAUACUUUGAAAGAGCCAAAUUAUUUCGUCCCGUCCACGACCAGUAGUACCAGCACUAGCACCCCAAACACAUCCUCUGCUGUCUCCACAAUCUCAGUCGGUAUGGCUAAACGGUUNUCUGAAUGUGAUUUGACCCGACCCAGUGGUGGAACUUGUCAUCAUCAUCAUCAUCAUCAUCAUCAUCGUGGUGAACGCGUCCGAGGUUCACCGUCCAAAUUGGAAACAUUGUCACUACCUCUGCAAAGUCACAUUCCACUGGACGCAUUGACGACCGACCAUCUGGGCGGAUCUUAUUCCUUAUCUCCAUCGCCCCUUUCGUUCGGAUCAUCUGGUUCUCCCAAUCUACACAAAGAUGAGGAUAUGAGACAUGUCAAUGUUUCCAGUCGAUCAGAUGUCAAAUUCCCGGAGAAUUUACAACAAACCGCGCAGAAAAUAAGUUUUCUAAGAGAUGAACAACAGGAAUUUGUCCAAGUUGUGGACAGUCCAACAGCUGCAUCCAUACCGGAUCCAGCGGAGAUCAAUCCACCGUCUAAUUUGAAAAAUUCAACAGGCGAAUUAAAAAAGCCAACUGAGAGCAAAGAAUUUGCAAACUACGUGACAUCAGCCCGUAAUCGUGUGGCACAAAUUCGAGCAAAAGCUGGUGGGAAAAGCAAACUUCAGCGUUCGAACAGCAGUGCGCAAGUUUUGAGACGCUCCAGGGAUCCUAUCCAGGGUAAUGAAGAACGCGUACGGGCAACAAGUAUUCAACGUGAGGUGAUCAGUUCAGCCGCAGUUGCAACAGCAGCAGCAACAACAACGACAACCACACCGAAUACCGGUCCCGUGGAGUUAGAUGUCCAUCCACGGGAGCAAUCUGUCGAUAGAAAGCGUCGCGGACGUAGACGUGGCAAGACUUGGAUGGAUAGAGGUCCACGUUCUCGCUCGGUUACCACUCCAUUUCACAAAGAAAGGAGUCCGUGUUNGUCCGUGUUCAAGCGAACCAAGUAA